UGAAAUAUUAGGGUAAUGGACAACACUAUCGAUAGAAAUUUUUUUUUUGGCUAUUCAACAUCUUUUAUAAUCUUUACCGGCUGAUAUACUGUAAUUUAAUAGUUUUUUGUCAGUUCGAAUUUAUAAUUAAUUAAUCAUAAUAUAAAAAUAGACAAUGUCAUCGAUGGUAGCUAAUCAAUCUGCUCGAUCAGGUCCUAUGGCUAACAAUGAAGAUAAUGUUGAUCGUGAAAAGAAAUGUCCAUUAUUAUUGCGUGUGUUCAUAAAUACAAGCGGUAGACAUUAUCAUCUUUCCGAAUAUAGUCGUGGUAAUGUACCGAGUAAAGAGGUACAGAUCUAUACAUGGAUGGAUGCAACAUUGAAAGAAUUAACCGGCCUGGUCAAAGAAGUAAACCAAGAUGCACGAAAACCUGGUACACGAUUCGAAUUUGCUCUAGUAUUUCCUGAUGCACGUAAUCCAAUGUAUCGAAUUCGAGAGAUCGGCAUGACAAUUAAUGGACGAAAAGAACCAGAUGAUAUGAAAACAUUGGCACAAUCACGAUUUCAGAUUGGCGAUUUUCUCGAUGUAGCCAUUUCUAGUGGCAAUGGUCCAACACGCGAAUCUGAUCAUGAUCGAUCUCGUUCAGAUCGGAUACCACUUGGUGGUGGUGGUGGCGGAUCUUCAGCACGUUCUCGUUAUAAUGGUGAUCGUGAUCAUUUCGGUGAUCGACGUGAUCGUAGAGAUCGUCCUUAUUAAGAUUGUCGACAUUCUUUUUUUCUGCUCUCAAUUCAUCGAAUACAUUUUGUAUACAAUGUUUCUAAUCAUCAUCGAUAUA